CUUUUUUCCGAUUUACCGGAGAAACUAAAUCUCCGUCAUGCCUACCACCACCUCCUCCGCCUCUUCUUCCUCCUCCUCCGUCUCCGGUAACAAUCGUCAAGCCGAUGUAUUCUCUCGUCUCGCUUCUUCUGACCCUGAAGUCAAGCUUAAGGCCCUUCGUGAGGUCAAAAACCAGAUUAUCGGAAAUCGCACAAAAAAGCUCUCUUUCCUCAAACUCGGAGCUAUUCCCGCCAUAGCUUCUGUUCUCGCUGAUGCUGACGAUUCUGAUAAAUGUAAUAACAUCCUCGUCCAAUCUGCGGCUGCGAUUGGUAGUUUCGCUUGUGGGUUUGAAGCCGGAGUUCAAGCUGUUCUUGACGCCGGAGUUUUCCCUCAUCUUCUUCGUCUUCUCACUAAUCCUGACGAAAAGGUAGUAGAUGCAGGGGCUCGUUCGCUUAGAAUGAUAUUUCAAUCUAAUCAAGCUCCAAAGUAUGAUUUUCUUCAAGAGAAAAACAUGGAGUUUCUUUUCUCAUUGUUGAAUAGCGAGAAUGAGAAUGUUAGCGGGCUUGGUGCGAGCAUUAUUGCUCAUGCUUGUGGAACAAGUGUAGAGCAACGGGUUCUCUGUGAAGCUGGUGUGUUGGAGAAGCUUGUUAUCCUUCUUGAUGGUUCUUUAAGCCAAAGAGAAGCUUGUCUUGAAUCUUUAGCCACGGUUUUGAAGAAUAAUCCUGAAGCUGUUUCGGACUUUGUUGGACUCGAGUCCGGGAGAUAUUUUAAUUCUGUAACUGAGUUAACAAAGGAUAGGUAUCCGAGGACUAGGCUGCUUUCUUGUCUCUGCUUAGUUGUCAUAUACAACACUUCUCCGUCUUAUUUCGUAAACAUGGGAACCAAAUCGAGUUUGAUAACUACUCUGCUUGACCUUCUUAAUGACCCCGGUCAAUCUGGAGAUGAUGCUGCCUUGGGUUUAUCUUGUCUGAUUGCGGGAAAAGAGGAUUUACAACAGUUAGCUUACGAGGCCGAUGCAAUCAAGAAUAUUGUUGACAUCUUGAAGACAGAUAGUGAGCUCCAGGCUAAACGUCUUCAGGGUUUGUUUUUGUCUCUUGCUGAAUUGUGCUCAAAGCUGGAGGAUUGCAGGUGUAGCUUCCUGUCAUUGCAGGUGUUAGACCUGCUGACUAAUGCCCUAAGACACAAAGAUGCUGAUGUAAGAGCUGCGGCGUGCAUUUGCUUUAGAAACGCUGCUCGAUCCGUCAAGAGUUUGAGUGCAGGACGAUUCAACAGCGAUCAUGUUAUGCUUCCUUUGGUUCAGUUAUUGCAUGAUCCAUCUUCCUCUGUCCAGGUUGCAGUUCUUGGUGCUCUGAGCAAUAUAGUAUUGGAUUUUUCAUCACCAAAGUCAUCAUUUAUCGAGUAUGGUGGAAUAAAACAGCUUAUUGAGUUGUCAAAAUCAAUGGAUCCAAAUGCUCGGUGUAGUGCUUUACGGGCUUUAAGGAACCUCAUGUUCCUUGCUGACAAUAAACGUAAAGAACUCUUUUGUUCAGACGUCAAGGCUCAAGGAUUUGCUUGCCUCAUUAGUGAUCCUGAGCCCCCAGUGCAAGAGCAAGCUUUGGCCCUCCUUCGUAAUCUUGUUGACGGAUGUAUCAGCUCUAUCGAGUUCGUAUUUGAUGAAGAUGGUCUUAUCUUAGAUACUGUUGGGAGGCAAUUGAGGAAAGCUCCACAAGCUCAAAUGGCAAUACAGGGAAUGUAUGUGCUCACGAAUGUAGCGAGUGGGACUGAGUUACAUAAAGAAGCGGUUAUGCAGCAACUGUUUCCCCAAGCCAAAGCUGGAUCAGAGAAUUUCAUGCUUAAGUUUCUGCAGAGUGACGAGAGCCAGUUACGGUCAGCAACAGUUUGGACAAUCAUAAACCUCAUUAGUCCUUCAAGUCCAGGUGCAUUUGAUCGGCAUGUGAAAUUACGGAAUGCGGGUAUCAUUCCCCAGUUAAAGAACAUGGUCAAUGACGCUUGCCUCGAUGUUAAGAUUCGCAUCAGAACCGUAUUAGGCCAGUCCAUGUCUUUUGGCGAUAAUUACUAAACACAGAGACAUUACUUUUCCCAAUCCCAUACAACAUUGAACAUAUCAGUAGUGAUUUAGGUUUGAUUCAAUUUUCAGCAUAUAGCAAAAGAGAGACAGAGCCUAGAGUUUAUGAUCAUGAUCAUCUAUUAUCUCUCCUGUUCCGGAACACACCUAUGAUUCAACAGGUGAAAGCAGUGAGAAAGAGUUGUACUAUUACUUGUGAGUUGUGAUACAUUUUAGAUUAGAUCCACCACAUUUUUGUUUUGUUUUUUUUUUUGUUUUUUUGCCUUGAAAGAACUUCACUUAUUUGUAAUCUCUCAGUUUAUAUCAAAAAUCAAAAACAUUUGAGUUUUGUAUCAGUAAUUUUUUUCCUCGUCAAUACCAAUAAUUUAUGGUAAUGUUA